AACAGCAGCUGAUAUCUCAUCCCACCACCAUGGCCCUCACAGAGUCACCCAUGCUCGGCUCUCAUCUCAGCGAGCCUCCGUCGCUGCUCGACGCCUUCUGCACACAGCGGGGCAAGCGUCGUCAUAUCCCCAGGCGAGAUGCCUUCAUCGACCCCCUGCUCAUCGCAACAGUUUUUGCUACCGGUCCUCAGACCCAUCACCACGCUGGUCAUGCCCUCUACUCACCCGAUAUCGCCAAGUACUCCCCGGGUAAUUCUACUCAGCACAAACCCUGUCCCUAUGUGAGCAGGCAAGCCCCCCGGAGUUCACGUCUUCAAAACCACGAGACCACCCAGGACGAGGAGCCAGCACCAUUAACUUCUAGACCCCAUCCGGCUGCUCCCGUCCUUAUUCCGGAGACACUUGUUCAUCCCUUUGCUGAGCAAUCGAGAGCACCCACUACUGUAACAGUGACGUGUAUGGCACGCACUCGGAUACCCACAGUCCACGGGACUGUCUUCCUUCAUCUCUAUCAUAAUAACCGCGACAACAAAGAGCACCUUGCAAUUGUCAUCGACCCUGCUCAACUCUCCAAUGACGGGCAAUACUCUGCACCACCUAUCCGCAGUCAUUCCUUGGACUCGGUGUGGACCGAAAGUGAAACUGCCGAGGAGCGGCUCAUCCGGGGUGCGUAUGUAGGGACACUCACUCACGAGUCCCGCCAGCCCUCUCAGCCGCCAACCAAUGGCAUCGCUCUGGCUCCACAUGUUCCAGCACCUCUCGUUCGCAUCCAUUCCGAGUGUUUCACCGGGGAGACAAUCGGCAGCAUGCGUUGCGAUUGUGGGGAACAGCUCGACGAGGCCAUCCGCGUGAUAUCGCAGCCCGUGCCGGUUGCCUCAUCCCGGUCCAUCCCGGGUCGUGGUGUUAUCGUCUACAUGAGACAGGAGGGCCGUGGGAUAGGCUUGUUGUCGAAAAUUCGCGCUUAUAAUUUACAAGACCUCGGACACGAUACCGUCUCUGCCAAUCUCAAGCUCGGAUAUAAAGCGGAUGAACGUGGGUAUGAGCUUGCCGUGGCCAUCCUCCGGGACCUUGGGCUGGGAUCGGAGCAAGGGGAGGGCGUUCGUUUGCUAACAAACAACCCCGACAAAGUGGCAGCUCUCGAAAGGGAAGGACUGAGGGUGGUAGAGCGGGUGCCAAUGGUGCCAAGGAGCUGGAGGUAUCGGCCCAUCAAGGAAAACAGCCAACGAUUGCUCGGCGUUACAACGGUGGGAGGAGGCGUAGUCGGGGGAGAAGACCUGGACAAAUACCUCAGAACCAAAGUAUUGCGCAUGGGACACAUGCUCCCUCUCCACUCGCCCGACCACAGCCUCGCAAACUAAUAGAAAUCUAACUAAUAUCUUUAUCUUUACACUUAUAAGUAGUACUCUACCUCUUACGAGAAUAGAAGUUGGUUCCCAC